ACAAACAUAACUUUUAACAUCUCUGUUAAUAUGUAAGUAACAGCAACAAUUUGUGUGCUAGACUAUUGGCACGCUUUUACACUGAAUCAAAACUAGAUGCAAUUUGUUUUUUUUUCAUUGAUAAAAGUUUUGAACCACCUGUGCUCACCAUAGUAUUUACCUGGUUGCUAUGGGGACAUUAGAUUAGAAUAAAGCUUUAUUUAAGAAGGAGAGGCAAGACUACCAAGGAAGUUUUGGAUGUGUUGCAGUAAUUCUGUCGUCUAAAAGAAAAAAGCAGCAGUUCCUGUUGCAGUUUUUAGGUUUCUGAUCAAAACCAGACUGGAAUACAGUGAAAUCAAAGCAAGUGGCUCAGGGAGUUAUAAUGCAUUCUGCUAGUCUGUUCACCAAUCCAUAUGCUGUUGAAGUUCUCCAGACUAAGAAAAAGGAUCUGGUGAAUGGUAUAAAUAACACCGAACAUCUGCUGGACCAUCUCAUUGGCCAAGGCAUCUUGCCACCGGAAAAGAAACUCCUGCUUUCGAACUACAGGACCCGUGAGGAAAAGAACUCCAGGAUUCUGGAGAUUCUGGUCUCCAAAGGUGAGAGAGCUUGUAGACUUUUCUUUUACCCCUGCCUGAAACUUGUUGAGCCGGCCUUGUACAACGGCAUUCGGGUGUAUGUGAGUGGCGUGAAUGAGAACAUUAGAGAUGCCAAUAGGCAGCUGGUUGGGUACCUAUUGGAAAAGGAAACAAAUGGGCCUCCUGAAGCUGUCCAGGAGACCCCCAAAAAGACCAUCAUGGCAGCGGCCCCACUUAAGAAAGAAAAGCCCAUCAAGAAGCCGGACAUGACAGAGAAAUCAGUUCGAGUUGCAGGACACCCCAAAGUGAUCCCUCAAAAGCCUGGGGGACUGUUUGAAGCUGCUGCAGCCGGAGAUGUUUCUUACUUGGAGAAAAUAUUGAAAGACGGCAACGUUAACGCAGUCAAUUCCUCACAUGAGACUCUCUUGCACAUAGCAGCCUCUCAUGGCCAAGUCCAAGUUAUUGAGUAUUUGCUCAGCAAAGGUGCCAAGCUGGACGUGAGUGACAAGAAUGGGAGCUCACCAUUGCACCGGGCGGCUGAAAGAGGUCAUGCCCAGGCUGUGAAGGUGCUCUUAGAGGCAGGAGCUAACAUCUAUGCCACAGACAAAAAAUCCAAGACACCAUUUCACUUGGCUGCCCAAAACAACCACCUCAGUAUAGUCACGAUGCUGGUGGAGGAAGAGACUAGGAACUAUAAAAACCAGAAGAAUUUCCUGCACCUGGUGGCCCUCAAGGAUGAGAGCAGCCUGGCCCAGAUUCUUCUAAAGAAGGGCGCCCCAGUGGAUGCCAAAGAUGAGAAAAAGAAAACCGCCCUGUUUCACGCCGUUUCUCUGGGUUUUGAGAAGACCGUGAAGGUCCUGCUUGAAGCUGGUGCCCAGAUUGACUCUUCUGUUAUCGACGCAGCAUUUAAUAGCAACAACCAGUUGGUAUUUGGGUUGAUCCUGCAGCAUGCUGAGGACCUGUCCCCUGACACCAGGGUGUCUGCACUUUUUAAGGCUGUGCAGAGAGAUCUGCAUGGAAUCAUCGCAGCCUUAAUAGACAAGGGCACGGACGUGAAUGCACGCAAUGACAUGCAAUACACCCCCUUGCUGUUGGCUGCGGAAAUGGGCAAACUGGAAGCUGUCAAAGUGCUUGUUUCAAGACAGGCACGACUGGAUGACAAGCUACCCAAUCUCAACACAGCACUGCACCUGGCUGUUCAAAGUGGGAGUCUCCCCAGUACAAAGCUCCUGCUAGAGAAAGGGAUGGAUGCUAAUACUGCAGGCCCAGGCAACCAAUCUCCUUUGCACGUUGCUGCCUUCCACAAUAAACCAGCAUUAGUUGAGCUGCUGAUUAAAGCUGGAGCCAACGUGAAUGCAGUGACUAAGGAGUCUCUCACCCCCUUGCACGUUGCUUGUCAGCGGGGUCAUGCUGAUGUCACCCAGCGCUUGAUCCAGUGCAAAGCGGACAUCAAUGCUAAAGACAAGCACUCCAAGACACCUUUGCAUUUCGCGGCAGCUCAAGGCAACGGUGAGAUGGUGAAACAGCUUCUCAAAAGUCACGCUGAUCCCAAUUCUGCAGACAAGGAGAAAAAGACACCCUUGCAUGUGGCUGCCACGGAGGGGCAUUUAGAAGCUGUGUCUGCAAUGCUGGCUGCCAAGGCAAGGUAUGGAGCUAAAGACAUGGAUGGCUGUACGGCCUUGCACUACGCAGCUGCCAAAGGGCAUGCCAGCGUGGCGACGGGUCUUUUGGCUGCUGGAAAAAAUAAGAACGUAGAUGACAAAAACGUGUGGCGGAGGACCCCUCUGCACCUCGCAGCGGAACACGGGCAGGACGCGCUCAUAGAGCUGCUGCUGGGCAGCGGAGCGGCUGUCAAUCCCCUCGACAACAACAAGGACACCCCUCUGCACUGCGCCUGCAAGUCCGCUCACUACAGCUCUGUGCAGAAACUGGUGAGCUGGGCCCAAGGAGAGAAACCCAACCUGCAGGCUGCAAACAAUGUGAAAAAGACCCCACUGCAAGUGGCACAGUCGGGGGACACCGACAAUCACCAGCACAUAGCCACCUUUCUGAAAAAGAAAAUGUUAUUAAUGAAAUAGUUAAGCUCCAAACACUACAACUAGAAUUUCAGCCAGAUGCCAAAAUUAGCAGCAGUUUGGAGUGUAUGCUGGGUUGGUGGAUGUUGUCAGGUGCUUAAGGUAUUUGAAAUAGUGGUCAAAGCAGAUUAAUUAUAGCAGUAGUUACAAUGUUGAUAGAAAAUGUCCCUUAUAUUUCAUGAAGCAUUUGGAUAGACUUCAGGAAUGUUACAAUAGAACUUGAAUUCACUGGCUUCCACCAAAAUGACUGGGUAUUUGAGGCUGGUUGGUUAAGGCUCAUUCAAAAGUGUGCUAUUGUAUUUACUGGCGAGAGAUUGUUAUAUUGUUAUAUUGUUAUAUUUUCUUAGCAUUCCUGUUCAGUCAUGUACAGUACUAAUACAUAUUUGUGUACGUGAUCUCUCUCAGAUUGUAUUGAUAGUUAUCUGGUAAAUAGCAAAGUUACACACGACUGGUUGUCUCUGUCUCACACAAAGUUUUAUAUCAUAUUUUAAAUUCAGAAUAUAUGUUUUAAUUGAUGUUGUUUGUAAAAUAUGUCAAAGCAACUUCAAUGCAGCGCAGCUGCUGCAGUCUCUAUAAUAAUAAUAAUAAUAAUAAUAAUAAUAAUAAUAAUAAUAAUAAUAAUAAUAAUAAUAAAAGUAAGAAGGUAUUAGAAAUUAUAUCACACACAUGAGUCGAGUGAGUGGGAAUGCAAUGAAGUGUCUCCUAUUUGAUAUACAGUGUUUCUCAUAUAGGACAAA